UCCAUGGCAACCGUCAGUGAGGGUAAAACAUCCACAGAUGGUGCUGAGUAGAGCGAGCAGCAGGCGCACUACGAGAUCAAGUGUGGGAGUGUGUGUUUGUUUGUGUGUCUGAGGAAGACGGAGAGGCAGAGACCCAGUGGAGAACCACUGUAUUGUGAAGCCAACAGAGCAGUCUGUAGUAACACAGAGCCGGAGGAGGGGAGUGUUUGUUCAAGAGUUGCAUUAAAAAAAAAAAAAAAGUCCAGAGGAGUGAAUGAGGAGUGCUGGAGGUGGGGAGGAAAAAGAGAGAAGCCCCUCAGAGAGCGAGGAGGCAAACCGCCGGUAAGCAAAUAUUAAUGACCUGACAAAAGAGCGCACUCCAUCCCUGUGUUGAUCUGACCGCCUGAACCUGGAGCCGCGCAGCAGAGGAGCCUGGACACACACAGACACACACACACACACACACACACACCACCACCUCCACGCGUGCAGGACGAGCCCCCCUCACCGCUCCGCACUCACUCAUGAUCAUCACUCCCGCCACUCGCAGACGCCAGGGCCACGCUGAGACUGCUGGAGGACUGGAGGACGGCCGAGACGGACUGCAUCGCGGUGGAACUUUGACACAGAGAAACUCUUCCUGGAUCUUUUUUUUUUUCUUUUUCUUUUUCUUUUUCUUUUUCUUUUUCUUUUUUUUUUAAUCACCCUGUAGCCAGAGUCCUCCCUUUGUGCUGACCUCUUCAAGAAUCCCUCACAAGGAGCAAAGAUGAGCUGCAGGAAAAGGUGCAAGCGGGAGAUCUUCAAGUUCGCACAGUACCUGUUCAGACUCAUCACCGGCACGCUCAACACCGACAGCGUUGAAGAUGAGCUGGAACUAUCUGCAGUCCGCCACCGCCCCGAGGGCCUGGAGCAGCUCGAAGCUCAGACACGUUUCUCCCGUAAGGAGCUGCAGAUCCUUUAUCGCGGCUUCAAAAACGAAUGCCCCAGCGGCGUCGUCAACGAAGAGACUUUUAAAGAAAUCUACUCGCAGUUUUUUCCUCAAGGAGAUGCGUCAACGUAUGCACAUUUCCUGUUCAAUGCGUUUGACACAGAUCACAACGGCUCUGUGAGUUUUGAGGAUUUCGUGAUGGGUCUCUCUAUCCUCCUGCGAGGAACAGUCCAGGAAAAACUCAACUGGGCUUUCAAUCUUUACGAUAUCAACAAAGAUGGAUACAUCACUAAAGAGGAAAUGCUGGACAUCAUGAAGGCGAUCUACGACAUGAUGGGGAAAUGCACGUACCCCGUCCUGAAGGAGGAGACGCCUCGGCAGCACGUAGAAGUCUUCUUCCAGAAGAUGGAUAAGAAUAAAGACGGCGUGGUGACCAUAGACGAGUUCAUCGAUUGUUGCCAAAAUGAUGAAAACAUCAUGCGAUCAAUGCACCUCUUUGAAAACGUUCUUUAACUCCUGGCUGGCGCUGGAGGCUUUUGGACAGGAUCAUCAUCUUCAGCUUGGCCCGAUUCCCGACUUGGACUCAUACUGUGUACAGCGUGCUAUGCAGACCCGACACCAUAGAAAACAUAUUGUUUGUUACAGAAACGUGGUGGGAACACUCUGGGACGAAACGCCUUCUAAACUCACAGGAAUUUUAAAAAAAAAAAGCAAAAAAAGCUGAAAUGACUAAUUUGAUCAGUUAAAUAUUUGAAUGAUAAAGUGGUUUGCACAGGUUUCUUGUGUCUCUGCUGCAGCCUCCUUCGAUUUACUGCCAAGAAAAAUCACUGUGACUUUUUAGAGCAUCAAAAAUACCGAACAAAAUAAUGGACCUUGACAUUUGUGAGGGUUUUUUUUUUGUUGUUUUUUCAACAUUCCAGCCUGGCUCUUAUUUCCAGAGUGUUCUCACCCAAUGCAGAUUGUGGUCUGUCUUUCUGCUCUUUGAAGGAAACAUUUAGAGAGAGAAACGAUGUAAAUACUAUAGAUUAAAAACAUUAGAUGAGAAAGUUGUUGCAAAGCCUACCUUUAUCUUCUGGCCCACGAGAAUCUGAAGGAGAGUCUCGGACUUUUCUCCCUGCUUAUCCUGUUAUCUAGAGAAUAGUUCUCCUGGAGACACCAGCUGAACAAGCGUGUUUCCCGUGUAUAUUUUAUAGAGAUGUUGAGGAGGAUCAACUUCCUGGUUACCCUUUAACAUAUAAGAGAGGAACCGUCUUUGGAAAAGCCGGGCAUGUUACCUGUUUGCUGAUCUUUGCUGGUGUAGGGAGAGAAUAGAACUAUCCCUGAAACCAAAGUUUUAGGUUAUUAAGACAAGUUAACGCUGAAUAGGGAAGAUCCGGAUCUAGUGUUAGGCUCGUGGCUCGCCGUUGCCACUUAGUUUCCCGUCGACUCGCACCACAAACUGAAUGAGAAACUUUCUCAACUCCGCUCAUGUUUACUUGCCAACUCGGAUCGAGACAACACGAGGAUUGUACUGAUGUCAAAAAAAAACAAAAACCGGACCAUGAUAUUGAUGGUUUGUCUACAGAAGCACACCGGUAGCUAUAUUUACCACGAGUAUGUUAAGACGGCAGUAUCUUUUAUCAUGAGGUAAAUGCUGCUUUCAGUGUAUUUCAUUUUAAAUCUAUGUAUAUUUCCUGUAAAGUAAAGCAUCUAUCGAUCUGUUUUUAUUUUCCAUUUGGAAGCACUGUUUCAGGAGCGGUGUUUAAAGUUAUUUAUAUGGUAUUGCGGUCAUUGUACAAAAAAGAUUGUCACUUGUACAGUAUUAAAUGAAAAACUGCUUUCGGGUGAACUCCAGGUCUUUAGAUUUGUUCAUGUAAUUCACUGUUUAAUGAGAGAGGGCGGUGCGGCUUGGUUGUUGACGCAAACUUUGUAUUAUACUCAUUAUUUUGAAGUUGUCGGCUUUAACGCGCCUCCUGCUGCUUCCUCCUCCUCCUGCAGGAUGAAGUCCAGCUGCCCACACCGAUUCAGCCCGAUUGGCUCCCGCUGUCGCUCAUUAAAACUACGAUCGGCCCUAAAUGUACGUAAACACAAGGCAUGCUGGGUAGGAGUCUCGCUGACUCACCGAUUCCCUUCUGCUCAUUGGCUAUGAUGAGAUAUGUUUAAAAAAAAUUGUUCAAUUAUGGUAGAUAUUUGGCAUUUUCACAAAAACGUGGCGUCACUUUGUGUGACGGUGACAAACCUGCAGCAUGUCGUCAUCCAAAAGAGAGAAUGAUGUGUGUUUUCCCGCUUGCGCUCGCGUAUGUUUUAGUCAAGAAAUACAUCAAGCCUGACGACUUGUGCUUAGUUUCUAAAUCUGCACGCUUGCAUUUAAUGGACGAUUUUAAUUGCUAUAAUGCGUUUUUUAAAAAUAAACAAAAAAAAAAAACCUGCAUCAUUAUCUACUUUAAUAUGUCAAUGGAUGUAGAAAUAUGCUUUCUGAAUCAAAUGAUUUCUGUAAAUAAUAUCCAAAGCUUCAGAGUCCGAUUCAUGAUGACAUUAGCCCAGACCUCUUAAAAAAAAAUAAAAUAAAAAGAGUAAAUAUUUUCUGAAAAUCACAGGAAAGAGCAUGGCCCUAAUGAAAUUAUAUACUUCUUAGCUACUUUUAACUAUGAAAAGUUGAAUUCCCAUUGUGUAGCCAAACACAUAAUACUAUAAUUAAUGUAAUAAGAGGGAACGGAUUAAAGUAAAGAGAUUUAAAAAAAAAAAAGCAAACAUAGAUGACAAAAGUGAACAAACA